AUGAUGACCUUUACCCAGGCCUACAAUUCCAUGUUCAAUGCCGACCCGAACGUCCCUCGCACAAUAGGCAACUUCCCGCUGCUGCCCUUGCGCACAAAGACCCGCGGCCCGGCCUAUACUCUUCCCUUCCCCAACCCGCCUCUGCCCGCCAAUGAGUCUCCCGACCCAGACAGCGAAAGCUACGACAUCCUCGACGAGGUUCUCGCCCUAUUCCGCGCCAACACCUUCUUCCGCAACUUUGAGCUUCAGGGCCCCGCCGACCGCCUUCUGGUUUACGGCAUCUGGUUCGUCAGCGACUGUCUGACCAAGAUCAAGCCUAGCGCCGGCGUGCGUGAUGCUUCCAAGGAUGUCAUGAACGUGGCCCUCGAUACCAACUUCGCCAUUCCCGGCGACCCGGCGUGGCCCCUGAACCAGAUGUACGAGACCCCGCGCGAUAGACAGGACGCCGAGCAACUCCGCCAGUAUAUGUCCCAGGUCCGCCAAGAGUUGGCAGUCCGGUUACUGGCACGUGUGUACGAAGAAGGCGGCGAUGGAAAACCGAGCAAAUGGUGGCUGAGCUUCACCAAGAGAAAGUUCAUGGGCAAGGCGUUGUGA